AACUCUGAUUUACAGAACGUAAACAGUAUUGUUAUAAUAAUGUCGGAGGAAAUUGUAUUUGAUUGCCUGCAUGCCGAGAUAGUGAACUAUUGCCUAAAUAAUAGCAAGGAUCAAAAUGAUCUGGGCACCCUGGAGUACAUAGGCUUUACCACCGGCUAUCGGCUGAUCGAGCGCCUCACGAGAGACGUCGGCCGCUUCAAGGAUGAGCUGGAGACCAUGAAGUUUAUAUGCACUGACUUCUGGACAUUGAUUUACAAGAAGCAAGUGGAUAACUUGCGCACCAACAACUACGGCAUGUACGUGGUGCAGGAUAAAGCAUUCCGUUUUCUCACACGCAUCUCGCCUGGCUCCAAGCAACUAGAGCAGGCGCCCAAAUUUGUCGCCUUCACUUGUGGUCUGGUGCGAGGCGCGCUUAGUAAUCUGGGUAUCAAUAGCACUGUGACGGCUGAAGUGCAGACAAUACCAGCCUGCAGAUUUCACAUAGAAGUCAAUAGGGGCUAGACAUAAAUUUAUAGAUAACGCAUAAUAAUACAUAUUAU